CUUUAACAUGAUCCCAUCUGCUUAUCUAUACGGAUUUUUACACUAAAGUAUUGAAAGACCAAGAUACAGUUUUCGAUAAUUUGCCUUGCCCUUUAAGCAUUAAGAUUUCACGUAACCAACAAAUAUUUACCCCAAGCGAAACGAAAAGUUGAAGAAGCCGAGUAGGAAAACAACUUCUCUUUCCCCGCCAUAACCGCCUCUUUACAGAAACCUUGAUUUUUUAAAAAAAUUUUCUAAUCUCUCUCUAGUAUAUAUGAUGAUGAAGAAGAGUGGUGAUGAUGGUGAUGGUGGCAGUGGAGUACAUUAUACUUAUUUUAGUGUACUCUGUUGUGUGCUGGUUCUAUCUGUGACAGCGGUUUUGUCCAUCAGAUUCUCCGUUUCUGGAAGCCCUUUUCGAUCGUCAGUUUCUGAUAUGAAUUAUGCAGAUGCUUCGAUCGUUGAAUUGCAGAAGAAAGUGAUCGCCGCCACCGUGGCUAAUCCAAAUCCAUCACGAGCCAUCGCUUCCGAUGCUUUUUACUACCGAAACUCUUCCUUCUUUCCGAUUCCUAGAAAAUCUACAGUUGUUAGGAAAGAUGAUAAGAUAGAAGAAGGACUGGCACGAGCAAGAGCGGCUAUUCGAAAAGCUGCUGGUGUUGGAAAUCUGUCUAUGAGCCCUGGUAGGAUCUACCGCAAUGCAGGCGCAUUUUAUCAGAGUUACAAGGAAAUGGAGAGGAAGCUGAAGGUGUAUGUAUAUGAUGAUGGGGACUUCAUAUUAGUCCAUAAUGGACCCUGUAAAGAUAUAUAUGCAAGUGAGGGAAGGUUCAUCAGUGAGAUGGAAUAUGGUAACAAUAAAUUCAGGACAAGAGACCCUUAUUCAGCCCAUGUUUACUUCAUGCCUUUUAGUGUAGCUUGGAUGGUUAAGUUUCUCUACGUGUCUCUUUCAUAUAAUCUUGCGCCUCUUAAAGAGUUCGUGUCUGAUUAUGUGCGACUUAUAUCAACAAAAUAUCCAUUCUGGAACCAAAGCCAUGGAGCUGAUCAUUUCAUGCUUUCUUGCCAUGAUUGGGCUCCUGCUGCUUCAAAAGGCAAUGAUUUCCUGUACAAUACAUCAAUAAGGGUUUUGUGUAAUGCCAACUCCUCAGAAGGCUUCAAUCCUCAGAAAGAUGUCAGUCUUCCUGAAAUCUAUCUUUACAAUGGUGUAGUGUCCCCAAAGCUUCAGUUUCCUCCACCAGCCAACAUUUCAAGGCCUUACCUUGGAUUCUUUGCUGGUGGACUUCAUGGCCAUAUCCGGAAAACCCUCUUUGAUCACUGGAAGGGAAAUGACUCCGAUCUUCAUGUAUACGAAUACUUGCCUAAGGACAUGGAUUAUCCCUCGGAAAUGUUGCGCUCCAAGUUUUGUCUAUGCCCUAGUGGCUAUGAAGUGGCUAGCCCAAGAGUGGUUGAAGCCAUUUAUGCCGAAUGUGUUCCGGUUAUGCUAUCAGAUCAUUAUGUCUUCCCUUUUAGUGAUGUGCUGAACUGGGAAGCAUUUUCAGUACAGGUUAACAUUUCUGAUAUCCCAAGGCUAAAUGACAUCUUGUUGGCUGUUCCAGAUGACAAAUACAUGAAGCUCAAGGAAGGCUUGAGGGCUGUGAGGAAACAUUUUGAACUUAAUCGGCCUGCUCAGAGGUUUGAUAUGUUUCAUAUGAUAUUACAUUCUAUAUGGCUCAGGAGACUAAAUUUAAGGGUCUAGAUCAUAGGAACGUACUACUAUAUUCAAUGCCUUAAUUUUGAGUACUGUGAAUGCAAGGAUUUAUUCAAUGCCUUAAUUUUGAGUUAGAUUCUUUCGUCAUAUAGAAUUUGUUUGUAAUAGCAUGUUUUCAGAUGGCCUAAGGAUUAACAAAACAGUCUUGCUUCAACAAGACAAUGUAACUUAAA